AUGUUUAUUACUGGAAAAAAUAUCCGAACGCAAACCGGAAAUCAUACGUGUUGUAGCCACUGGCUGUCAAAAGACAGUAAACUGAAUGACAUUAUGACGGAGCUGUCACGAGAGAUUGGAGAGAUCUGGUCAAGAUUAUUCGACCAUCGCCCAUUCCUAAAUGGUGAAAUAAAGUUUAUGCUAAAGGAGUUUGAGGUAUGUAUUAGAGAAGCGUGGAGAUCGAGAAGUAGAGAACUUGUUUUCUAUCCUUGA